GACGCGGUUUGGAUUUUAAAGCUGCAAUUUCUUUCAAAAAGCCAUGCUUUUUUAAUUCAGAAUCUACAUUCGUUUGUCUGAAGGUAUAAGUGGUGAAAAUGAAGCUGCUUUUUAAUUUGCUCGCGGUAGUUUUGUUUUUACUCGACGAUGGUGUGUAUUCAGACAUAGAGUCAGUGUCAGUGUUUGUGAAGAAGGGAGAUUCAGUCACUCUACACACUGGUGUUCAAACAAAACAACAAGAAGAGAUUAAAUGGUAUAUUAAUGACAUUCGCAUCGCUCAAAUCAGGGGAGAUCUCAGUUAUAUCUGUACAGAUGUUCAGUGUAAUAAUGGUACUGAGAGAUUCAGAGACAGAUUGAAGCUGGAUCAUCAGACUGGAUCUCUGACCAUCAUGAACAUCACAAACACAGACUCUGGACUUUAUGAACUGAAGAUCAUCAUCAUCAGCAGCAGCAGUGACAAGGCCUUCAAUGUUACUGUCAGUGAUGUUCCUGCUGCCGAACUAUAUGAAAUGGAAGAGGGAGAAUCUGUCACUUUAGAUUCUGGUGUAAUAAGAAAACCCAAUGAUUCAAUGUCAUGGUAUUUUAAUGAAAUUCCCAUCGCUGAAAUCGCUGGAGAUCGGAGUAAGAUCUGUAUAGAUGUUCAGAGUGAUGGGAGAUUCAGAGACAGACUGAAGCUGGAUCAUCAGACUGGAUCUCUGACCAUCACGAACAUAACAAACACAGAUGGAGGACUUUAUCAUAUACAGAUCAAAAGCAGCAGCAGCAGCUUCAGCAUCAGCAUGGUCCCCUAG